GAUGCCGCUGUGGGCAAAGGCCAGAGUGUGGAUGGCAGGGCCCUGGCUGUCCCUGCACAGGGCACGCACUCUAGGCACCAGAGCCACUCCGGCCCCCAAGGCAGUGCUGCCCUUCGAAGCCAUGCCCCGGUGUCCUGGCCACAAGUGGGUGCGGGUGCUGCAGAUCUGGAAGGAGAAGGGCUCUGAGAACAUACAUCUGGACAUGCAUCAGACCUUCCAGGAGCUCGGGCCCAUUUUCAGGUACGACGUGGGAGGGAGACACAUGGUGUUCGUGAUGCUGCCGGAGGACGUGGAGCGGCUGCAGCAGGUGGAGAGCCCUCACCCCCGGCGGAUGUUCCCGGAGCCCUGGCUGGCCUACCGACAGGACCGUGGGCUCACGUGCGGCGUGUUCUUGCUAAACGGGCCCCAGUGGCGUCUGGACCGACUGCGGCUGAACCCAGAUGUGCUGUCGCUGCAGGCUGUGCAGAAGUACACGCCCUUGGUGGAUCGGGUGGCCAGGGAUUUCUCCCGGGCCCUGAAGGCGAGGGUGGUGCAGAAUGCCCGGGGGAGUCUGACCCUGGACAUCAGGCCCGGCAUCUUCCACUACGCCAUCGAAGCCAGCCACUUAGUCCUUUAUGGAGAGCAGCUGGGCCUCUUUGCCCAGCAGCCGAAUCCUGACAGCCUGAACUUCAUCCACGCUCUGGAGGCCAUGUUCAAGUCCACCGUGCAGCUCAUGUUCAUGCCCAGGAGCCUGUCUCGCUGGACGAGUGCCAGCUUGUGGAGGGAACACUUUGCGGCCUGGGACUACAUCUUCCAGUACGCCAACAGAGCCAUCCGGAGAAUAUAUCAGGAGCUGGCCCUCGGCCGCCCGUGGCACUACAGCGGCAUCGUGGCAGAGCUGCUGAUGCGUGCGGACAUGACCCCGGACACCAUCAAGGCCAAUUCUAUCGACCUCACUGCCGGGAGCGUGGACACGACGGCCUUCCCCUUGUUGAUGACUCUCUUUGAACUGGCUCGGAACCCAGACGUGCAGCAGGCCCUGCGCCAGGAGAGCCUGGUGGCCGAGGCCAGGGUCUCAGAAAAUCCCCAGAGGGCGACCACGGAGCUGCCCCUGCUGCGGGCGGCCCUCAAGGAGACCUUGAGGCUGUACCCCGUGGGUGUCUUCUUGGAGCGACAGGUGAGCUCAGACUUGGUGCUGCAGAACUACCACGUCCCGGCCGGGACAUUGGUGAAGGUGCUACUGUACUCCCUGGGCCGAAACCCCGCCGUGUUCGCCAGGCCCGAGCGCUAUCACCCGCAGCGCUGGCUGGACGGCCGGGCCUCUGGGACCAGGUUCCCACACCUGGCCUUUGGCUUUGGUGUGCGCCAGUGCCUGGGGCGGCGCCUGGCAGAGGUGGAGAUGCUGCUUCUGCUGCACCACGUGCUGAAAAACUUCCUGGUGGAGACGCUGGUGCAAGAGGACGUGAAGAUGAUCUACCGCUUCGUACUGAUGCCCUCUACCUUUCCCCUCCUCACCUUCCGGGCCAUCAGCUAG